AUGAAUGACGAUAGUAGCAUGUUUUGUUUAGCUGGCUACGAUGCGAUCGGAUUUGAUCUUGAUCACACUUUAGCGAAAUACAAACUUGUUGAUUUAAUGAAUCUUACCUAUGACUCAUUGUGUGAAAGUCUCAUUAAAAAAGGAUAUAACCCCAAAAUUAAAGAUAAACUUGAUGUACACAAAGACUUUAUAUGCAAAGGUUUAUUUCUUGACUCCGAGAAAGGAAACAUUCUUAAAUUGUCUCAUGAUGGAAAAAUCCUCAGGUGUAGUCAUGGAACCAGGAUGAUGGAUAAAGCUGAGAUAAUAUCUGUGUAUGGUCCAGAUUUACACUGGGAACACUUUGAAGAGGCUAUAGGCAAUGUCAAAUCUGUUGGAGAGGACAUGAAGUACCGAUUCUUUGAGAACUACUUUGAUAUUCCAGCCCUUGUUUGUUGCGCUCACAUCGUUGACAUCUUGGAUGAAGAGAAUGGUGAACCUUUGAAAAAGUAUGAUUUUUGGAAAGAUGUUAACCAUUCUUUUGGAGAAAACUAUAUCCCCACUCAGUUUGCAAAAAAUGCUGGCUGGUUCUUUCCCAGAUUGAAAGAGAAUCCCAAGACAUAUUUACAGCCCAGCAGUAAUGGAGUCAAAGAUUGGCUGAAGGAAUUAAAGGGAGAUAAGCGUGUUGUUUUCCUGAUGACAUCCUCUGCCAUUGACUUUGCAGGCUUGGUCAUAGAAAUAGUACUUGGCUCAGACUGGAGAAAUUACUUUGAUAUUUAUAUCACUGAUGCAAAGAAACCUGGAUUUUUCACUAACAACAACAAAUUUAAAUCAAUAGAAGCAGGGAUACCUGGAGAGGAAGUCAAUUCACUGGAACCAGGGAAAACCUACUCUGGCGGAAAUUACGCAGACUUGAUGAAGUUCUUGGAAAAACAAACCGGAAAAUCUGAUCCAAAGGUAGUGUAUUUUGGGGACAGCCUAUGUUCCGACAGUUUUCCAGCCAAGGUGUAUGGAAACUGGGAUGUUGUGCUGGUCCUUGAGGAAAUGGAGGCUGAGGGUUACCAUCCAGGGUCAAAGGACAUCCUUGAACCCAAGCGCAAAGUCCCCAAACAUGAGGUAAACCUGUACAUCAACCCAGAAGAGGAACAGUACAUUUUGUCUGAAGGUUGGGGGUCGUUUUUCUACCACGAAGAAGAAGACCCAAAACAUGAUAAACAUAUGAACACAUACUGGGGAAGGAUCAUCAGUCGGUACAAUGCUAUUGCAGUCCCUACUGUAGAAUACAUAGCUGGUAUGCCUAUCAACCACCAAUAUAAAAAAUUUAACAGCUCUGAGGUGGGGAACACGGAAGGAUUCUACCCAGGUAAACCUAAACCACUGCUUCCCUGAGGAACUCUCCUACUGCUGUGGUUUUAUACAAUGGAAGUUUAUUUCAGUCAUAGCACUUCCGGUGUUUGACAGUCAAGAACUGAUCAGUGAUAAGGAAUACUUAGUAUGCUGAACUGUAAAAUAGAUGCUGUAAACUCCUAUAAACCAGCCUUCAUGGUUGUUAGAGUAAUCAAACAAUAUCAAAUAAACAGGAAUCAGUAAAAAAAAAUGUCAGCCUGUGUGUUGUUAUUGGUCACUUGUU